AUGAUUUGUUUAAAUCUUUCAAAAUUUAAAGUUAUAUUAAAAAAAUAUUUUGUAAAAAAAUCAGGAACAAAACAAAUAAAUUUUAUUUAUAAAAAAUAUAUAAAAAAAAUUUUUAUGAAAUAUUAUUAUUUUGGCUUUUUAUCUUAUAAAGCAAUAAAUUAUAUAGUUUUAUUUUAA